AUGCCUUCGGGACAGAAUGAUCCCAAGCUGUUGUACGCCGUGAAUGGCGUGUCAGCUUAUCAUAUUGCUAACGGCAAGGAGGAGUGCCUCACGCAAGCUGGGCCUCAGACCCUCUCGCUGCUGAUGGUCCCUACUUCCUCGCCCUUUGCUGACGCCUCUGCCCUGGGUCCCUCGUCCGCCCCAGCGGAAGAGGACUUCUACCUUCACCUGCACCUGCCGCCUGAGCUCGACCUGCCUCUGCCUGCAACCACCCAGAUCUACCACCAGCCGCCCAGGAGCUACCUUAUCCCCCGAUGGGACCUUGGGCCCGACAGCGGCGCUUUUACGAGAAUCGAAUUCCCCGAGCUGGGGAGCCGGCCAGGGGUCCAGGACGACAUUGAUACCUGGGAGACCUGCAUAGCUCAAUGCACGGCCUUCCUGGAGCGCUCGCCUCCCCCACUUCCCAAGGACUCCAAGUCAGGCCCGGUUCCCACAAAGGGCAGCUCUUCAAGGUCCAAGGCUGCCCUGGCCGCUGAGGAACAGCUUCCUGCCUAUCACCCGGGCGACUACAAGCCCGGGGAAGCGUACGCUAAGGGCAGCCACAGCUCCAACAACGGCGGCCAGAUAGUGCUGGUGGACGAGGAGGAUGGCAGCGUCAUCGGGGAGCUCGGCGAGGGCUUCGACAUGGUAGAGAGCAGCUCCCUUAAGCCGGGCUCGAAAGAUCCAGUACAGAUCACACUACCCGCGGAGGGUUCUAAUAAGAUCGCCAUCGCGCCCGCGAGACCCGAGGAUAUAGACCUGGUCAUGCACCCGGCGUACCAAAAGUCAACGUUGGUCUCGAAUGCUGCCGCCGCAUCGCGACUGAUCGUGACCACGUCCGACUAUGUUUCGAAAGCGCUGCAGGGCGGCGCAGACAGUUUCACCCAGAAGACCAAGCCGGUGGCGAAACCAGUGACAUUCAAACCGACCACCAAGGAGCACGUCCGCAGGGUUCACACUUUUACGAGCGGGGCGGCCGGCGUGUCGGCCAAGACGGUCGGCGCAAUCGGCCAUGUCGCACAGAACUUUGGUGCCACCCUCGGCCGGCAUGGUAAGAACAACGGCCAGCCGAAGGGGUUCGACAAGGACGGCAAACCUCUCGACACGUACAAACCUGGUAUCCUUAACAAGAGCAUGAUGGCCUUCUCAACAGUGGCGGAUGGCAUUGAACAGGCGGGCCGUACGCUUCUUGAGUCCAGCUCAAACGCCGCCACGACUGUCGUCGGCCAUCGAUGGGGUCCUGAGGCCGGGGAGUUGUCGAGGAGCCUAGGAGGAGGCGUGAAGAAUGUGGGCCUGGUUUACAUCGAUGUGACAGGUGUUUCCCGGCGGGCGGUCCUUAAGUCGGUGGCCAAGGGAAUGGUGGUCGGCCGGGUUAAGGGCGGCGGGGAGGUCGUGGUUGGUGGCGGUGAUGGUGGUGAGGCAGUCGUGAGCGGUGCUUUGCCUCCUGGACCGCAGCAACAAUAUCUUGAGGGUCAAGGCGCGGGCACCUCGUCGGAAACCAGCUCGAUAAGUGGCGUGGACGGCAAGAAGCCGGCGAUGAAACGUUGA